AUAUGAGCUUCAGUAGCUUUGGCCAGCCCAGGGCGCCAUGUCUUGGAGCCGCUCCACACACUGGAGAUGCUGGUUGUACUUUACGGAAUGGCGCUGCUAGCACAGCGCUUCGACACCCAUUACUGAAUUCUCAACGGUCUAUGGGUGAGGUAACCUAUGAAAGCUCUUGAUCAUGACCACUAAGUCAUCUUUGUUAAAGGUAAUUCUGCUGGGGGAUGGUGGUGUGGGAAAGUCCUCCCUCAUGAACCGGUAUGUCUCCAACAAGUUUGAUUCACAUCUGUUCCACACAAUCGGUGUAGAGUUCUUAAACAAAGAGCUGGAGGUGGAUGGUCACACGGUCACUCUACAGAUCUGGGACACAGCAGGCCAGGAGAGGUUCAGAAGUCUCCGAACACCCUUUUACCGUGGCUCCGACUGCUGCCUGCUUACGUUUAGUGUGGAUGAUAAUCAAAGUUUCUUGAACCUCAACAACUGGAAGAAAGAGUUUGCAUACUAUGCAGAUGUCAGGGACCCAGAAAAAUUUCCGUUUGUUGUUCUAGGUAACAAAGUAGAUGUGACGGAGCGUCAGGUGUCAAUGGAAGAAGCUCAAAGGUGGUGUCAAGAGAAUGGUGGAUAUCCAUACUUUGAAACAAGUGCAAAGGAUGCCAUUAAUGUCUCAGCUGCAUUUGAGGAAGCAGUUAGACGUGUGCUGUCAUCUGAAGAUCGCACCGAACACCUGCUGCCCACAGACACCGUUGACCUGCGCAGGAAGCCACGGGCAAACGGCUCAUGCUGUUGAAACACUCCUUAUGUGUUAGCAAAAAAUCCAUACUCCGUGCCAGAAAAACCUCCUAAUAUCAUUAUUUUUGUCAUUGCAGAAUUGAGAUCCUUUAGCUUUAGCACUCACACUAGUUCUAACGCUGUUUACAGCUGAGAAAUAAAUAUCAGCUGUUACACUCAUUAACACUAGAACAUAUUCAAACGUGUUUUGUCUCAUUUUCUGAGUGUUCAAGUUGUGUUACUUUAAGUGCCUUUAGUACAGGUUUGUUUGUUUGUCUUAUUAAACAAUAUUGCAUAAGACAUUUUGGAAUGUCUUUGAGUCAUGAAGUGCGAUUUUGUAGCAUAUUUGUAAAUAUAUAUUUUUGUUUCAAUUACCACUUUAAUUUCAACGGGCUUUGGGUCCCUCACUGAUACUCUUAAUUUAUCAGAGCUAACCAUUUUUUUUAAUUUUUUUUAAAUAUGCUAGAAUAUAAAAGCUGAGUACUGAAAUGAUGCCAUUCAAGACAUUCAAGGGUGAAUUUUAUUUUACAUAAUUUCUGUGUCACAAAUGAUUCUCAUAAUAAUCCUGCAUGCUAAUCCAAGUUUGUUACAUUUGUGUGUAUUCAGAAAUAUUUAAUUGAAAUAAUGCUGAUUUAAAAGUAUUUGAUAAUUGAUUAUGCUCCUCAUUAUGUUUUUAUUUGUUGUUAUACUAACCACAAUUCUUAUUAUUUUGGUGCAAUGAAACGAUAAAGGAAUCAUUCACCCAAAAAUAAAAAUUUUGCUGAAGUUAUGUAGAUGAGAUCACGUGGUCACCAAUGGAUCCAUGCAGUGACUGGGCGCAUGUCUCUUUAGUCAAACAAACCUGAUUAAACUCAUCAGCUCAUUAGUAGAGACUAAAAAAACCUGAAAUAGGUAUGCCAGACAUUAAAAUGCGCAGUGUUGGGGUUGAGAACCAACGUUCUGUCUAUCCAUAAUAUUGCUUUCUCCACUUCACAAGAUGUUAACUGAUGGACUGAGUUGUGUGGGAUUACUUUUGGGUUAUUGUGAUGCUUUUAUCACCCAUUCACUGCAGAGGAUCCACCGGUGAGCAAGUGAUGCUAAAUUUCUUAAAAAUCUGUUCCCAUGAAGAAACAAACUAAUCUACAUCUGGGAUGAACUGAAGGUGAAUACAUUUUAGCAAAUGUUCAUUUUUGGGCGAACUAUUCUUUUAUAGUCAAUGUCUUUAAACAAAACGGGUGCGCCAUGUUCUCAUUCCUACACCAGGUGGCGCAGCUACAACAAAAAUGCACAUUUAGAAUGCACAAGCUGCAGAAGGAUUUAAAGCUGAAAUGACGUUACCUUGCAAUGCAUUGAAGCUGUAAGUCAGUUUGGCCAAGAUAUGAAGAUGAAUCUCUUGCACACGUGCUUUUUAAAAAUAAAAUAAACACAAGAGAGUUCAUAUAGAUCAUAGAAAAUAUUUUACUAGAGAAGGUUACAAAAAUCACUAUACAGGAUUCAUAAAACAUCUGACUUCAAAUAAAAUCGACUAUGAAACAUCUAAGACUACAAUUUCCAAUAACAUACAGUGGUUUGUUUUUCGGGGAAAGAUGGGACACUGUCAAUUGUAGUUCAUUAGAACAAUGGACUACACAUCACUUAUAGUAUUGCAAAACGAAAUGAAAUAUCUCUCCUUCAUGCAAUAAUCAGGGAACAAUAGAACAUCCAGGCACACAUCUUCUUUUUCAAAAACAGGGCAAAUAGAUCUACAUCUUACACAUCCCUUUAAGCUCCCUUUAACAAAAUUUAACAUACAGCAAGAAACAGCAUAUAAUUGGUAUCAAACAAUUGUAUAUGUGGACAAUACUAACAUGCUUAUAUUUACAGAGACAUUACAGAGAAGAAUUAUUUUAGUUAAAAGACAGAUCAAUAAAAAGAGUCAUAUUGUAAAAGUAGUAAUAGAAAGAGAGAGAGAGACCAAUUAGGAAAAAAGAUACACUGAAAAACAAGGCUGUAUUAUUUGACUGUAAAUUCGAACCAUUUUCAGAGUUUCACAUCCACAUAGCAAUAACUCACACAGAGGAGUCACAAUCAUCUCAUUAAACUCAUGGUAAACAUCAAUCUUGCCAUAAGAACAAAUUCUAGAAGACUGAAAAAUACCUAGAUGUGUCAAUAAAACUGAAGGAAAUGAUGUAACCUGUAUAGCUGAUGAGGGCAGUUUAGGUUAUACAUUAUUAGUAAAUCAUUUAGCAUUAGUUUAUUUAUUAUUAUUAUUAAUAAUAAUAAACAAAAAUCUAUUUUUUUAUAUCAGUCAGAUACAGUUGUCAGAAUAUCAUUUUGAAUGUUGACUGUUUGAUAAUGAUAAUCAAGAUUGACAACUUUAAGGAAAAAUCCUGCAAAGAGAUUUUUUUUUUCUAAUUUAUGUGCCUGUGUGUGUGUGUGUGUGUGUGUGUGUGUGUGUGUGUGUGUGUGUGUGUGUGUGUGUGUGUGUGUGUGUGUGUGUGUGUGUGUGUUAAUACACCUGCUUUCUAUUACAAGAUUAGUGCAAUUUGUCAAGAACCAGUAUUGUUCCCCACACCCUCCACAAAAUAAAGUAGGAAAGAGAGUUGGAAAAAGGUGAA